AAACGUAUGAAACGAUGACUUCAAAAUGGUUUGAACCGUGACUUAGAGAUGAGAGUUUCCUUGACUGAGUUUCUCGUUUUGGCUCAGGUCGUUACAACUCUGCAACCAAUAACCAUCAAAGUAGACUUCCAUGAAGUUAAGCAUCAUGAGAGUAUUGGUGAUUAUGUUGAAUUGGUAGAAGGCAAAAACAGAGACAUCAGUCUAACAUGCUACGGACAACACAAGAAUCUUAAAAUUGAACCACCCAAAAGAGAAGAGCAUGCUGGAUUUCCGGAAAUUGGUAUAAGAACAUCUGCAGAAUGGAAGAAAAAUGAAUACUGGUUUCUGCUGAAGAAUGUCCGGCAAUGUGACACGGGAUCAUAUUAUUGCGUUUCUGAUGAGUUUAAAGAAUCAAUGCUUCAGAAUACUGUGCAUAUCUUUGUACGCAAAUUAGAUAUUUUUGUUCCACUCAAGACAAUAUACCAUGAGCAUAAUGGAAGUGAAAUAAUUAUUCCUUGUAAAACAACAAAAUUUGUUGACACGAAAAACGUUGAACUAUAUGUCAAUCAAGUGAAAUUGAAUUCUGCAUUACAAGGAUAUGAUCAACGUUAUGGUUUUAAGCUUACAAAAAAUAUGUAUACAAUGAAGCCAAAUUCGACAGUGUUUUUUGAAUGCAAAUACACAAAUGAUUCAAAUCAAGAUUUGGAUUAUUACAUUUCGAAUAGCGAUCCCGAUGCAACUUUGAUUGACCAGUAUUUUUUUUACUGGGAAAAAAGCAACGACGUACCAUAUGUAGGGAACAAUUAUUCAAUAACAUGCCAUUUAGUCUACAUAGGAUCCGACUCACUGCGACCACUUAAUCAUCAAGAAAUUGUUCUUGAAUGCCCUCAAAAUCAAUGCGAUGGAGGGUAUAACAAUCAAAGUGCUCACGAAAUAGAAAAAAGAAGUUCUGGACUCAGAUUUGGCGAUCCAUCAUCACAAGAUAUAGUUGAGAAAAAUACAAUGCUUAGAUAUGAUCGACUUAGUGUUUAUGAUCGGAAAACAUCGAGAACAGUCAAUUUUCAAAAUUUAACUUCAGAAGAUUCUGGAAUUUAUAGAUGCACUUGGAGGAACAGAAGCAAAACGAAUAUUGUGCUUGACUAUGAUCUCAAUUUCAAUCAAAAGGGAACUCAGAUCAAAAUCAUCGAAACUAGCAAGCAGCGGCUGAAAAUGAGGAAAAAUGAAUCGACUUUGUUAUUUGUAAAAUUUGCAGUUUUUCCAAUCAACAAGAAGAAUUAUACAGCAAAGUGGUCCAGGUUGUAUAAUUCGACAGUCGAAGGAGGUCAACAAGUUGAAACAAUCCGCAACGGCUUUUUUCGUCAAAUUACUACAAAAACAUCAGGGAGAAAUGUUUUUUUGGAGACACUUAAUUUAAAGUCUCCAAAAAUCGAAAUGAGUGGAAUCUACGUUCUCUCCAUUUCUAACAUGGACAUAGUGCAACAAGUUAAGUGGAUUAUUGAAGUUGAAAACGAUGAGCCAAAUGCACAGUUGACAAUUCGUGAUCCGUUGACUCUAAAUAUAUCGAAUCAACUAUUUCUUCCUUUAAACACCAAUCUGUCGAUUUUUUGUCUCGCAGUCUCAAGCUCUCCAACGGAUGUUAUCUUUGAGUACAGAACAGAUGAAAAUGAGUGGUUUCGUGGAUUUUAUAAAAACAAACUAAGAAAAAUUGAUGAUACAUUUGAGAAAGGAUUCAUCUAUAACUUUGUACUUGCUAAACGAACCGAUUUCAAAUGUAUUAAUGUGAAAAAGAAGAAGACAAGCACAAAGUUCAUAACCGUCACUAGCAACGCCAACAAAACAUUUCAUGAAAUUGAAAAAAGUGUGAAUGCAACCAAAACGGAACCGUCCGAUAUCAUUUUCGAAGGAGACAAUGUUAGACUAACCUGUGUAGUACCCUACGGUGCAGUCGAGUUCGAUGUAUUUUGGAAGUUUGAGAACCCUAAAAUGUUGAAAUACACAACGUUUCCUGCGAUGCAUCCAGUUAAAGAUCGAUACAAGCGUGUUAUUCUGAAUGUGAGAAACAUUACAAUUGAUUUCACAGGAACAUAUUAUUGCAUUGUUAAGAAUAAGGAAUUUGAGCACCGCUUCGAGACAUCAAUUAGCGUUGAAAAAGUGUCUCCUCCAUUUCUUUUAAAUAACAAUUCUCGAUCAAUAAUAUCUGCCAGCAAUGGACAAAUGUUCGAUAUUAAUUGCAAAGUGAAUGGUGUUCCAACACCAGAUUAUACAUGGUUUAAGGAUGGAUAUCCAUACACAAAAGGAAAAGUAAUAGGAAAUGCACUUCACGUUUCAAAGGCUGAAAAACGUGACAAUGGAAUAUUUUGGUGUUCUGCAACGAAUCGAGCAGGAACAACAAUAGACUACAUUGAAGUUAAAGUUGCUGGAGCUUCUUCAUCAUCAUUUUUUUGGUUAUUCAUCACAUUUUUCGCAUUUGUUGUUGUUGGUAUUGUUGUUUCUCUAUUAUGGAAACUAUUCGGACAAAAAGAUUUGAAACCGUCAGAACUAUCCCUCAAUAAUCUCAAAAGAGCAACAGAUGAAUAUCAGAAAUACACAGUAUCAGAAAAAAUAAACAAUCUUCCAGUUGAAGAACGCAUUGAUUAUCUUACCUACAAUGAAGACUAUGAAAUUGAUCUAGAAAAUUUAGAGAUCUUAGAAACACUUGGAUCAGGACAGUUUGGAAUUGUCAAAAAAGGCUAUCUGAAUAUGGCAAGUUCCAAAAACUUUGGAUUUGAGUCUCGUUUAUCAGUUGCAAUAAAAAGUUCAACUGAUUCGUCCAAUAUGGAAUUGCAGAAGAUGUUUUUUGAAGAGCUAAAAUUAAUGUGUGCAAUUCCAAAACAUCCCAACGUACUUUCACUUGUUGGGGCUGUCACCAAAAACAUGGAAAUUGGAGAGUUGUUUAUUGUCACUGAGCUCAUUGACGGAGGGAACUUAAGAGAAUUUUUGCGAGAGCGAAGAGAUGUUUUUGCUAACGAGCUCGUUGAAAAAGGAUAUAUUUUUCUUACCAAUGUCAGAGAAAACGUUCCGAAAAGAGAAGUAGAGAAAGAACAAUUGCUUAUUGAUGAAUUCAAUUCCCUAUGCACCUCUGAUUUAUUGUCUAUUGGUUUACAAAUUGCAAAUGGAAUGGAUUGGUUGGCAAAUAUUCCGUGUGUACAUCGUGAUUUAGCCUGUCGAAACGUUCUUAUUUCCAAAACCAAAAUCAUUCGAAUAGCUGACUUUGGUCUGGCAAAAAAGCACACCGAUAAAGCUUAUUACAGAGUAAGAGAAAGUCUAGAUACACCACUUCCAGUUCGUUGGAUGCCUUUGGAAUCCAUUACAGAUUUAACGUUCACACAAAAAUCGGAUGUGUGGUCUUAUGGAAUUUGUUUAUAUGAAAUUUUUACACUUGGAGGAACACCAUAUCCCGACUGUCCUAAUUUUAGUCUUGUAGAGUACAUAAAAACGGGAAAUAUUAACAAACGACCAUCUAACUGUCAUAAGGACGUAUAUAAAAUUAUGAAAAUGUGUUGGCAAGCGUCUCCGGAUGACCGGCCAACUUUCGCUGAAUGCAUCAAAUUAUUCAAAAAUCAUAUACAAUAUUUUGCUUCCAAGCUUCUACAACAAAUUGAAAAAGAUCUUGAAUGUGAAAAGAACAAUCAACAGAAAUUUCAUUACUGGGUACAAAAACCGACACAGUUAUUUUUCUGAUGUUCAUCAUAAUAAGUUUCAUGUAACUUUAAUAUUUUCAUACAUCUUUCUAAAACUAUUCUCAAAAAAAAAAGAGUUAAGAUGUAAGUUUGUUAAAGAUUUUUUAUUUUCAACAGUUUGUUUUUUCUUGGUCUAGUUUUGCAUUUUCGCAUUGUAUUGAUCUCUAACUUCUUUUUUGCACAUGAUAUCAAACUCAUAACCUAUUGUUUUUCUAUUUCUACUUAUUAAUAAGCAAUAUGGAGAAUUGUUAACUUUAUUCCACCUUUAAAUAAGCGGUUUUCUUGAUUAUAAGAUUGUUAUUUCAGGUAUCAAAAAAUGAUGUAAUGUUGUUUUUCAUCAACCCAUGCUUUUUGUAAAUUUGAAUAUGAAUUUUU